AUGGUCAAAUCAGUAACCCCGGUGACCUCCAAUCACCUAAAAGGAUCUAGGAACCCCCGGAUCUCAGAGUUGACAGAAGAAUCGAAGACGAUCCGUCUGGCGAAGCUGGCAGAUGCCGUCAAGACGAUAAUCGAGUGUCUUGGUGAGGACACAACCAGAGAGGGUCUCCAAAGGACCCCUGAGCGAUACGCCCAAGCCAUGUUAUACUUUACUAAAGGCUACGAGGAAAGUGUGGAUGCACUGGUCAACGAAGCUAUUUUUCAUGAAGACCACCAUGAACUGGUGAUUGUGAAGGACAUAAAUGUCUCCUCGUUGUGUGAGCACCAUUUGGUUCCUUUCACAGGAAAGAUACACAUCGGCUACAUUCCAAAUCAAUACGUCCUUGGGCUCUCUAAGCUCUCACGACUGGCUGAGAUGUUUGCGCGUCGGCUGCAAGUACAGGAGCGAAUAACGAAGCAGCUAGCUUCCGCCAUCACUGAAGUCCUCAAUCCACGUGGGGUUGGCGUCAUCAUGGAGGCCUCGCAUCUAUGCAUGGUAAUGCGCGGAGUAGAAAAGACUCAGAGCAUGACCAUCACUAGCUGCAUGCUUGGCAGUAUGCAAUCAGAUACCAAAAUCAGGGACGAGUUUAUCAUGCUUCUACGUGGCACAAGAUCUUGA